UUGCUGCUUUUCGGGAGGAGGUUGUUGGCGGAUGAGGACGCUUCACCGCCAUGUGAGAGAGACUCGCCGUGCACGUACUGAGCGUGCGUGCGUGUGCGUGGACGUGGUCUCUCCCAGGACGAGGAACCCAAAUUCUCCCGCAAAGGAAACAAAAAAGUGGAAGUAAAGCAAGAAAUCCUCCUGGAUCCAAUAGGAACUCUCUCUCUGUGUGUGUGUGCGUGGAAGUGUGUGUGCAGAUGAUCAAGUUGUGUUGCCGUGAAAAAGUCCAUCUGAUUCCACGCAGAGUUCCAGCCUGACACGUCGUGCAAACGUCAUGGCGGUGUCCUCGCCCACCUCCAGCCUCCUGCUCUUCCUGCUCGCGUCCUGCCUGGCCUGGCUCUUCUCUCCUGGGUCGGGUUUUGUCAUGGACUGGGACCACAUGACUGCAUCAGCUCCUGUUGAACCUCACUUCACUGAGUGCAUAUCCCGGGACCAAAUGACAUUCCGCUGCUGGUGGAGUCCCGGCAGCUUCCACAACCUGUCGGCCCCCGGAGCGCUCAGAGUCUUCUACCUGAAGAGAGAUUUCCCCACCAAGAAAGAGUGGAAAGAGUGUCCACAGUAUAUCCACUCGAAAAGGGAGUGCUUCUUUGAUGGAAACCACACGUCCAUUUGGACCACCUACUGCUUGCAACUGCGUAGUCAAGACAACGUCACCUAUUUAAACGAAAACGACUGCUUCAGCGUGGAAAACAUUGUACGCCCUGACCCCCCUGUGUCCCUCAACUGGACCCGCCUGAAUGUCAGCCCCUCUGGACUCAGCUACGACGUCAUGGUCACGUGGGAGUCGCCCCCCUCGGCAGACGUCACAGUGGGUUGGAUGCGCCUGGUCUACGAGGUCCAGUACAGGGAGAAGAACAGCACCAACUGGGAGGCACUGGAGGUGCAGCCUCACACCCAGCAGACAAUCUAUGGUCUCCAGAUCGAGAAUGAAUACGAGGUGCACAUCCGCUGCAGGAUGAAAGCCUUCACUAAGUUUGGGGACUUCAGUGAGUCCAUCUUCAUCCAAGUGUCUCAGAUUCCCAACCAAGAUACAUUUUCUCUGUUUACAAUGGUCGUCGUUUUAGGGAUUGUGGGCACCAUCAUACUUGUCAUGUUGAUUGUUGUCUCACAACAACACAGAUUAUUAUUGAUUCUGUUGCCACCGGUUCCGGCGCCCAAAAUUAAAGGUGUCGAUCCAGAGCUUUUAAAGAAAGGGAAGCUGGAGGAGCUGAACUUCAUUCUGGGUGGUGGAGGUCUGGUUGGCGGUCCCAUGUAUUCAACGGAUUUCUACCAGGAUGAGCCUUGGGUGGAAUUCAUCGAGGUGGAUGUGAAGGACCCCGACACCGGAGAGAAGGAGGACAACCAGGCCUCGGACACCGAGAGGCUCCUGAGUUCCUCGCAGCCUGUCAGACACAGGGCCGGGUGCUCCAACGCCGUCAGUUUCCCUGAGGAUGAUGCCGACCAGGCGCGCAGCUCCAACCCAAACCGGCCCGACGAAGACGCCGUCGUACUCUCGUCCACGCUGCUGCCGGGCCAACCCGACGACAGAGAAGCCUCCCUCGGCAUCGACCCGGCGAGAGGGGGCCGGUCGCCUGUCCCCUGUCAAAGUGGACCUCCUCCGACGUGGGUCAACACGGACUUCUAUGCCCAGGUCAGCAACGUCAUGCCCUUUGGGGGCGUGGUGCUGUCACCCGGCCAGCAGCUCCGCACCCAGAAGGAGGAGGAGCCUAGCGAGACGAGGCGAAAGGAGCUUCAGUUUCAGCUGCUGGUGUUGGAUCCCGACGCCCCAGGCGACACCCAGGCUUACUGCACCAUGCCCAACGAGGGCUACCAGUCGAACGAGCCUCCGCCCGCCGCAGAGGCGCCUUACGUCCCCCCGCAAUCCCCCCAGCUCUUUGCCCCGGUGGCGGCCUACACCGUGGUCCAAGAACUCGACAGUCAGCGCAGUCUUCUGCUCAACCCGCCCUCACGCUCCCCCUCCCCCGCCCCGCCCACCGCCCCGUCAUGCCUGUCCCAGCGCACGCUCAAAGACCUCGCAGCCGCAGAGUACGUCACCCCGGACAUGCACGGGCUGCUCUCGCCCUGAGGAGUUUUUAGUUUUUCAGGUGACGGAACCUAAACCACUCACAUCGAGCCAAGCGGACACGAAGAUGCGGGUUUGUCUUCAGGUAAAAAAAAAAAAAGGGAGUCAAAUAAAUGUUCUUCAGUGUGAUUCUUCACAACCCCCGAACCUGUUGGUCCAGAGAGGGAGGAACGUUUUAAAAAAAAAAAAAAGCAAUAAGCAUCAGUUUGAUGAUUCGCUGAAGUCUUAACCUCGCAGAGAAGCACAGUGCGGCCAUGUUGGGGUGUUUAUUUCCUGCUACAUCAUUCAGAGAAGAAGCAUCCGCCAUUUUUGAUACCUCUUUUUAAUCAACGCAACUUUUUUUGGUUGUGCUCGUAAUAUUCUGCUACCAGUGAUUGACAGUAUUUUUAUGAAAUGGUUGGGGUUUUUUUGCUUUCUUACAUACAGUGAAGCACAAAAUUAUUUUUUAUCCUCCUGAGAAUUUUCACUGGUUCUCAUGGGGGAUAUACUCCUGGCCAAAUUUUGAGUAGAAUAUAUUUGAAAACAAUAUUUUAAAUGAAUUUUAAAGCAUUAGAGGUUGCACACUAGUUUAUUGAAAGCCUUGAUGAUCGGUGCACGUAUUGUUUAUUGCCAUAUUUCAUAUUUAAAAUUGUCUUUUCAUGAGUGGGAAUUGAAAAAAAAAAAAACACCAAUUGGUUUCUUUGAAUUGAAAUUUAAAAUAUUCAUCCAUUUUCUAUACAGUUUAUUUUUAUUAGGGUCGCGGGUAAGAUGGAGCCUAUCGGUCCAUGUACCUUCCGUUCAUUCUAUUUCCAAUUCUAAAACGCAAAUCCAAAAAUAAAAUUAGGGCCGUUUUUCGAUUUUUAUUUUAUAUGGCAGAUUUUAAAACAGAAAAAAAAAGGUUGAUUUUCUUUAAACUAUUUCCAUAAAAUUUAAUUUUGUGCUGUUUUCCUUUUAUGGAUUUAAAUAUUUUCAGGUACCGUAUUUUUCGGAGUAUAAGUCGCUCCGGAGUAUAAGUCGCACCGGCCGAAAAUGCAUAAUAAAGAAGGAAAAAAAACAUAUAUAAGUCGCACUGGAGUAUAAGUCGCAUUUUUUGGGGAAAUUUAUUUGAUAAAACCCAACACCAAGAAUAGACAUUUGAAAGGCAAUUUAAAAUAAAUAAAGAAUAGUGAACAACAAGCUGAAUAAGUGUACGUUAUAUGACGCAUAAAUAACCAACUGAGAACGUGCCUGGUAUGUUAACGUAACAUAUUAUGGUAAGAGUCAUUUAAAUAACUAUAACAUAUAGAACAUGCUAUACGUUUACCAAACAAUCUGUCACUCCUAAUCGCUAAAUCCCAUGAAAUCUUAUACGUCUAGUCUCUUACGUGAAUGAGCUAAAUAAUAUUAUUUGAUAUUUUACGGUAAUGUGUUAAUAAUUUCACACAUAAGUCGCUCCUGAGUAUAAGUCGCACCCCCGGCCAAACUAUGAAAAAAAACUGCGACUUAUAGUCCAAAAAAUACGGUAGUAAUUUAAAUUUUUCUUAUAUAAACAAUAAAAUGAAAAUUAAACAGUCUUUUCUACCUAGUUAAUGCUUUUCAAAACGAAAAAAAGAAAACUUUCUAUUUUAAUUAAAUGUUUUGUUUUUCAAAAUUAAAUGUAUAUCCUUUUUUUUUUGUUUGUUUGUUUUUCAAUUUCCAUUGAUGAAACUAAAAUGCGAUGACUAAAAGAUACACUUCCCUCCCGGGGACACGCCAUUUUGUAAGCUGUGUUUUUGUCCGAGGCUGUGGCUCCAAAAAGUGCCAUUACUGGUAUGUACUUUAUCCACUAUUUUACAUAUACACUGUAACUCUGCAUUAGUCCGACACAUUAGGUGCCAAAUAUCACAUACAACAAACUAACAUUGUGGGACAGGAAGACACAAAUGCUAGCAACACUAGCUUAGCUAUGAUAGCUACAGUGCUAACAAUAACACUCACAUUCUUUAUUCUCAUAUGUAGCAAAAACCUGCUUUUUUUUUAAAUAUGUAUUUAUUUUUUUACAAAGCUGUGGGCUCAUCUAACUAGAGGCGUGUGUCCAUGAGAGGGAAGUGUUUCCUUUUAUGACGCAAAUUAAAACUCACUUUUACCUCCAAAUUUGGCCAAAUGAAUAAUUUUGUGCUAACUUGUUCAGUAUACCACAAAUACACAGAAUGUCUAAAUAUAAACUGUGACAAACUACACUAUAUUGCCAAAAGUAUUUGGCCACCCAUCCAAAUGAUAAGAAUCAGGUGUCCUAAUCACUUGGCCCGGCCACAGGUGUAUAAAAUCAAGCACUUAGGCAUGGAGACUGUUUCUACAAACAUUUAUGAAAGAAUGGGCCGCUCUCAGUGAUUUCCAGCGUGGAACUGUCAUAGGAUGCCACCUGUGCAACAAAAUCCAGUCGUGAAAUUUCCUCCCUCCUAAAUAUUCCAAAGUCAACUGUCGGCUUUAUUAUGAGUAAAUGGAAGAGUUUGGGAACAACAGCAACUCAGCCACGAAGUGGUAGGCCACGUAAACUGACAGAGAGGGGUCAGCGGAUGCUGAAGCGCAUAGUGCAAAGAGGUCAACCAGUUUCUAAAGAGCUCCAAACUUCAUGUGACCUUCCAAUUAGCCCACGUACAGUACGCAGAGAGCUUCAUGGAAUGGGUUUCCAUGGCCGAGCAGCUGCAUCUAAGCCAUACAUCACCGAGUCCAAUGCAAAGCGUGGGAUGCAGUGGUGUAAAGCACGUCGCCACUGGAUUCUAAAGCCGUGGAGACGCCUUCUCUGGAGUGAUGAAUCACGCUUUUCCAUCUGGCAAUCUGAUGGACGAGUCUGGGUUUGGGAGUUGCCAGGAGAACGGUACAUUUCGGACUGCAUUGUGCCGAGUGUGACAUUUCUGGAGAAGGGAUAAUGGUGUGGAGCUGUUUUUCAGGAGUUGGGCUUGCCCCCUUAGGUCCAGUGAAAGGAACUUUGAAUGCUCCAAGAUACUAAAACAUUUUGGACAAUUCAAUGCUCCCAACCUUGUGGGAACAGUUUGGAGCAGGCCCCUUCCUCUUCCAACAUGACUGUGCACCAGUGCACAAAGCAAGGUCCAUAAAGACGUGGAUGACUAGAGUCUGGUGUGGAUGAACUUGACUGGCUUGCACAGAGUCCUGACCUGAACCCAAUAGAACAUCUUUGGGAUGAAUUAGAACGGAGACUGAGAGCCAGACCAACAUCAGUGUGUGACCUCACCAAUGCGCUUUUGGAAGAAUGGUGGAAAAUUCCUAUAAACACACUCCGCAACCUUGUGGACAGCCUUCCCAGAAGAGUUGAAGCUGUAAUAGCUGCAAAAAGGUGGACCAACACCAUAUGGUGGGUUAUCUGUGAGUUAGGAAUGGGAUGGCACUUCAAGUUCAUAUGUGAGUCAAGGCAGGUGGCCAAAUACUUUUGGCAAUAUAGUGUAACUCCUACACAUCAAGGUGGCAUGGCACCUUGCAGGAUGCUGCUGCGUGGCGUUCAAGGACAUUAAGGAAAAUGCCAGUUGAACCAUGCGAGGUUGACCAAAAGGAAAGCACAAUGCAGUUUAUGGACAGGAAUUCUUACUAGUCCUGCCUUUUUGUUUUCUUUCAUUGUACUUAGUAAAGGAUUUAUUUUUUAUCCCGUAAACGUGUAGCAACAGUAGUGCUGCACAUGAACAGGCUGACGCUAAGCAGUGCUCGUAAACUACACACGCUUAUAUAACCAGAGUUUUAUUGUAAUUGUUUUGAUACACGGCAAAAUAAUUCAGGGAUGGCGACAGGAGGGAGUGGAAAGAAUGUGAAGGUUUGUAAUUAGCUCAUUAGCUUUAUUUUGUAAACUAAACACGGCGUUAGCAACCUGUUGCCAUGGUUGCAUCGCUAGCUUGUCACAUUUGUGUUGAUGUAUUUUUAGCUAAUUAUAGGCGUGUUGACACUAGACGAACUAGCAAAUAUUUUCGUAUUCAUUGUGUUAUGAGGAACUGGCGUGCAUAUAUGGCUAAAAAAAAAACCAUCAAGAAGCACAUAAACAUAAUUUUCUCUUGGAUUUUGUUCUUCUACCCUUCAACUUUUAUUUGGGUAGUAACCACCUGGUGUCAGGGCCAAACUGAAAAGAAAUACAUAUACUGUAGUGAUAUUAUGAAUAUACCAUCAAAAAGUUAAAAGAAUGAUGUAAGGGGGGGAAAGUAAUAUUCAGUUUAAAAAGUGGUCAUCAUACGAAAGUAGUAAAGUCAUCUUCAUUGAGAUAUGUUUUAUAAUUUUCAUUUUUGGAAAUUAUGACUUUUUUUUUUCCUGUAAUAGUAAGAUUUGACCCUGAUAAUAUUUAAACUGCAUUCUUGUACAAUUAAUUAUUUUUCUUUCUCUUAACCUCUAAAUGCUUAGUGGCCACAUGCGUGGACAGCACCUUUUAGCUCUUAUUUCCAAAAUUGUUGUACACUACUGAAUUGGGGUCUUAUGGCCACUUAUGUGGACACUUGUACUGCCAUCUGGUGGUGUCAGAAGAGCAUAACAUACAAUAGAAUUUGGA